AUGCCUCAUAAUUCAUCAGAAACAAGAAUCCAAGACCCUUUCAAACCCUGGAAAUAUCUUCUUUCUCCACCCCUAAAACUCAAUUUUGUGAGCCCCAAUUUCAUGAAAGUCCUUUUAGCAAUCUGUAUAUUCACCGGAUUUUCUUUCAUUUAUUUCUCAACCUUCCCCGGCCAGAAAUGGCGGACCGCCACUUGCCCAGAAUGCGAACAACCUCUCCUCCACAGCACAUACCGUCGACACACAAAUAUAGUCUCCGCCACCGCCGCCGGCCAUGGGGUGAUCAAAACAGACAUAUCCCACAUUCUUUUCGGGAUCGGUGGUUCAGCGGAGACGUGGGGCCAGCGCCGCCGCUACUGUGAACUCUGGUGGAAACCCAACGUGACACGUGGCUACGUAUGGCUGGACGAGGAGCCGGCAAAGCCCUGGCCGGAAACUUCGCCGCCGUACAAAGUAUCGGAGGACACGACCCGGUUCAAGUACACCAACUGGGACGGGUCGAGGUCGGCGGUGCGGAUUGCCCGGAUUGUGAAGGAGAGUUUCGAACUUGGGUUGGAUGACGUCAGGUGGUUCGUCAUGGGCGAUGACGACACGGUCUUCUUCACCGAGAAUUUAGUCAAUCUGUUGAACAGAUACGAUUACAAACAGAUGUACUAUAUCGGCGGCCAUUCCGAGAGCGUUGAGCAGGAUAUGGCUCAUUCUUAUACUAUGGGUUACGGCGGCGGCGGGUUUGCCAUUAGCUACCCAUUAGCGGCGGAGCUGGUCAAGAUUCUGGACGGCUGCAUCGAUCGGUAUGCCGAGUUUUACGGCUCCGAUCAUAAGAUUGAGAGCUGCAUAAAUGAGAUUGGUGUACCUGUUACCAGAGAACCCGGUUUUCAUCAGAUGGAUAUACGAGGAAGCCCAUAUGGCUUACUUUCGGCCCAUCCAUUAGCGCCGUUAAUUUCACUACACCACCUGGACUACCUGCAACCCGUAUUUCCAGGCAGAAAUCGGGUCGGGUCCAUAAAAAGACUCAUCCAUGCAUACGAAUCGGAUCCAGGUCGGGUACUGCAACAAAGCUUCUGCUACGACCUGACCCGGAACUGGUCCGUUUCCGUUUCGUGGGGCUACAACGUACAGCUGUACCCGUUUCUGGUUAGAGCUAAAGAUUUGAGCACACCAUUGCAAACAUUCUUGACAUGGGGUACUUGGAGCCAGGAACCGUUUACAUUCAAUACCCGGGUCCUGAGUUUGAAGCCAUGCGAAAGACCCAUCAUUUAUUAUUUUGCUGGAGUUGACGGAUCCGGGUCGGGUAAAACAUUGACCUGGUAUAGAAGACCUCAUCCGGAGCAGAGGCGGCAAUGCAAAGGGGAAAAUUACGGGGCGGGUUAUACGGUUAAGGGGUUUAAUGUAUCCGCAGCUCUUCUUGAUCCUGGAAUAUGGAAUAAGGCGCCACGUAGGCAGUGCUGCGAAGUGAUGAGCGGUGGGGAUCGAGUGGACGGCGUCGUACAGGUCAGAAUCAGGGGAUGCAAUCAACAGGAAUCAGUAACACCGCCUUAGGCCACGUUUGGCUCUGAAAUUGAAUAUUAAAAAACAAUUUUUUAUUUAUUUAUUU